UCAAUAAUUUAAUUGAAACGCUACUGAGUCACUCAGUGAGCGAGUCCCCGCCGCGCUCCCUUCUUCUGCUACUCCGCCGAUCGACAAACGCCAUUUUCGUUUGCUCGCCAGGCGUUCGAUAACCGUCGACCACUGGUGGCGCCGUCCGGACGGCGAUGGCGAUAGGGCAACGAUGCUGGACUGAGGACGGAUUCGCACAAGAUGAUAGCUCAGCUCCCUGAAUUUGAAGAGUGAGGUUGCGAUCCAACCGAUUUCCGGCGAAUUCUCGGACUCCGGCCAUUGAAUUAGGCCAAACAAGGGAAGUCUGAUUGCUGUACUGCAGACAGAAUAUGGGAAUGUACAGUCUCCCUAAAACCGCUAGUCGCCUACGUCGCCUUCGCACUGUUUUUCUCUCUGCGGCGGAUACCUAUUUCCAGACCUGUAGUUGUAGGACUGUCAUUCAUUCUGGUGGACAUGUGAAUCAUCUCCUUGACUUGUCGAACAGAUUUUACUCCAAGGCUUACUUGUCCAAAUUCAGCUAUUUAGUGCGGCCCGUUGGCAAUGUGUAUCAUGAAUUUCUUCAGAACUCGUCCUAUUCCACUGUAAAAUCCAAGGAAGAACGAGAGGAAUCGAAAACGCUGAAUCGCAAUGAAGGUGGUCGUUCGUGGAUUGAUAUUUACUUGCCGGAAAGUAUAAGGCCUUAUGCCCACCUAGCCCGACUUGACAAGCCUAUCGGUACAUGGCUUCUUGCUUGGCCAUGCAUGUGGUCAAUUACACUGGCAGCUGCACCAGGGAGCCUUCCAGAUAUUCGGAUGAUGUUGCUUUUUGGUACAGGGGCAUUGCUUUUGCGUGGAGCAGGUUGCACCAUCAAUGAUCUGCUUGAUCAGGAUAUUGAUACAAAGGUGGAAAGGACAAGGUUGAGGCCAAUUGCUAGUGGUGUCCUCACACCAUUUCAAGGACUUAGCUUUCUAGCAUUUCAAUUGCUUUUGGGUUUAGGGAUUUUACUCCAACUCAACAAUUUUAGCCGUGUUUUGGGAGCUUCAUCUUUGCUGCUUGUCUUUUCAUACCCUCUCAUGAAGAGGCUGACGUUUUGGCCACAGGCCUACCUUGGCUUGACAUUUAACUGGGGUGCUUUAUUGGGUUGGGCUGCUGUUAAAGGAAGUCUUGAUCCUGCUAUUGUACUCCCCCUAUAUGCUUCCGGUGUAUUUUGGACACUGGUGUAUGAUACAAUAUAUGCACAUCAGGACAAAGAGGAUGACCUAAAAGUGGGUGUCAAAUCUACAGCCUUGAGAUUUGGAGAUUCAACCAAAGAAUGGAUUGGGGGAUUUGGAGUGGCUUGUAUUAGUAGCCUUGCUCUUUGUGGAUUCAAUGCUGGUCUUGGAUGGCCAUUUUACAUGUUCCUAUCAGCUGCUUCUCUUCACUUAACUUGGCAGAUUGUGACAGUUGACCUUUCAAAUCGUGCUGAUUGCAAUAGAAAAUUUGUAUCCAAUGAGUGGUUUGGUGCUAUUGUCUGUGGUGGGGUUCUUUUUGGAAGACUCAUGACCUGAUGAAAACCUAAAUCGAAUUACACGAAGAAAUGUUAGAUAAACGUCACUGUUGUCAAAAGCAUCAGAUGUAUUACAGGUAUAUGCACACAAAAGGAAAAUAUCAGGAUUUGCAUCAUACUGCUCAUGUAGGCUAUCCGGAAACAAGCAGGACUUUUCCUUGUUCCAUUUUGCUCGGAGUUUGUAAUUUGCUGCGAGAGCAUGACGUUAUAAGCUUAACUUCCUCACCUUUUAACUAUAUUGUUCGGUGAAAAUUUUGUUGAGUGCACCUAUAGGCCAUAAAGAAAUAUAUGGCAUAUGGUAUCCGUUGUGAAUUUGUACUCUGAUCGAUGGGCAGCCACAACACAAGAAAUUAAAAUUCCAGAAAAAUAUUGCCAAAGAUGUAACUGAAUGCUUGUAAGUAGGGGUGAGUAGAGUUUGAUUUUAUUGUACA